UGCAUAUUGGAUGCAAGCAGGGUUGAAACAGGCAUUCAUGUCAGCAUGUGGGUUCACACAGGUGCCCAGCUGGAUCUCAACCAGGCCACUACAAGUUACAACACCUUAAAUGUUGUCGCCGGCAUGUUAACACUUAGCAUGAUGACUUACAUACUGGCUUCAGGUUGCAUUGGACAUGCAUGUCAGCUAAUGUCAACCACCACUCCUCUCCCUACUUGGUACAUGUAGCUUGUUGCCUGACCGACAGCUUCCCGGUCAACACUGUGAUAUUGACGGGCGACGGUAGAGAUAUGAAUAGGGGAAACGGGAUGAUAAGCUUACAAUAGCCGUGCCAAGGUUUAGGUGUUGUUCUUAACCAAAAGUUGGGCAGUUGUGCAACUAGUGCUGAGCAUCCAUAUUCAGAGAGUCGCUGGGGG